UUCCGCCAACCUCUUCCCCUCCUACUGUCAUUCUCUAUCUGACUCAUGAUUGGAUGAGAUUCGCCAAUGAUUUUGAUUCCUAGUUAGACACAGGAGGAGAAUGCUCGAGUUGUCAGUUGUCGCAGCCAAUAGGAAUGCGCGCAUCGCCGAGGAGGGCCGGACCUACAGCUGCGGGGCGGAGUCAAGGAGCCCGAAGCGCGUGAAGCAGCGCGUGGAGUUGCUGGCUCAGUUGCCUCAGUGUUUUUCAAGAGGUGUUGCUGAUUUUCCAAGAAUAUUCAACAUGAUAACACCGGCAUUUGAGCUGAGUCAAGAUCCUGAUUUUCUUACCAUAAUGAUCAGAGUACCAUAUGCACGAGUUUCAGAGUUUGAUGUCUAUUUUGAAGGAACAGAGUUCAAAUUUUAUGCAAAACCUUACUUUCUCAGAUUGGUUCUUCCUGGAAGGAUUAUCGAAGAUGGAAGAGAGAAAGCAACAUACGAUGACUCAGGGAUAUUUACAAUACGGCUUCCCAAGGAGACUCCUGGAGAGAAGUUUGAUGGGUUAGACAUGUUGACGGCUCUACUUGCACCAAAGAAAUCCAGUUCAACAAAACCUUUAAUAGAGGAGAUGGGUGCUGAAAAUGAUGAGGACGUAGAAGAAGAGGAAGAAUUUGAUUGGGAAAUAGAGCAGACUCUGUAUGAGGAGAACAAAGAGAGCUCUUUGUGUUCUCCUUGUACCUAUGGCUUUGGAAAUCAGAAAUCAGGAGUUUUCAAAUGUCUUCAGGAUGAACUUAGUGAUGUUAUUGAUAUCAAAAGUCCAGAUUCGAUACCUGCAGUUGAACGCAGAGAAAAACGGUUGGCAGUAGAAGCAGCCAAGUUUGAUCCUGACCAUUACCUUGCUGACCUUUUUGAAGAUGAAGCUGUUUGCCAUCUCUUGAAGUACAAGCCAUGGUGGGUUGAAGCUUAUACAGCAAAGAUGGCUUCUCAAGAAGGCAGUUCUUCCAAUGAGAUCAAUCAACCUGCGCUUGUUUCCUUUACAGAGGAUGAAAAAGAACAGCUGAGAAAAUUCAGCAACAGAACUUUCCUUCUUGAUAAAAGAGCCUGUCAUCAAGUAUAUCUGAGCUUAGUUGAUAUACUUCUGGCCUAUUGCUAUGAAAUCUAUGCCAGUGAAGGAGAAAAGAAUGUUGAAUCACCAUGGAAUAUAAGAAAAUUGAGUUCAACUUUGUGCUGGUUGGAGACGUUCACUGGGAUGUCUGACGUCCUGAUAUCCUUUGGAAGAAGGGUUCUCUGCUAUCCUCUCUACAGACAUUUCAGUUUGGUAACUCGGGCCAUAAACGACACCAUUGUGAUAUUACAACUAGGUAAAAGUGCAGUUUUGAAGUGUCUGCUAGAUAUUCACAAGAUUUUUCGAGAAAAUGAUCCUGCAUAUAUUCUUAAUGACCUGUACAUCACAGAUUAUUGCAUUUGGAUUCAAAAAGCCAAGUCAAAGAAGUUGGCAGCUCUUGCCGAAUGUAUGCAGCAAACAGAGCUGACGAAGGCCAAAUUAGGUUUGGAGCUCAACGAGCUGGAAGCAGCUGCUCUUCUUGUGGAAGAGGAAGAAAAGGAGUUAAAAGCCAGGGGCGCAGGCGGUUAUAAGCAGCCGCUACCUCCCUCCGAAGAAGAGGCGAGUGACUCUGAAGAUUCAAGCAGCACUUCAUCAUGCGAGACAGGAGGCUCUGAUUCAGAGGAACAAGAGUCCUCAGCCAGCGAAGAUGGGGAAAUAAAUCCUUUACAAAGCACACUCCAAGACGAGAGGACAACCCCACUUAUUGACUGUAAUGGAUUAAGGCGAGACACAGACGCUUUGACGUUAGAUGUUAGGAAUGAGAAAUCAAAGCCUCCUUUACAAUCUACAUCUGUUCCUGGGAAACUGAUAGAGGAAUUAGGAAACCAAAUGCAGACUGCAAUUAGGCUUACAGAGGAGCCUGAAGGUUGCUCUCUGGGAAGCGGUGAUGGCAGCAGCACUUUGCAAGAGACAGGGACAAGCUGCACAGCUCCAGGACCUUCUCUGGAUCCUAAUGGAGAGAGACAUUUCUUGGAGGUGACUCCAAAGCACAGCUCGCUUCUGCUUCUUGCCACUGCAAACCAAGAUUCAUAAGCAAACGUGGAUGGAGCAGGCUGUAAUGGAUCGGUUUUCAGCUCUGGUUAUUAUGGUUCAUUUAAACAUUCAGAGACAAAAUAGGAUUUUUAAAGAAUUUACUCUCCAUUUCUCUGUGUGUUCUUAAUCAAAAGUCAUUGUGAAAGAUGGUAUUGAUUUUCCUGUAUUGAUUUUCACUUGAUCCACCCAGCUAAAAUAUGAAUGCCUUAUACAUGUCAUAGACAAUGUUGGGUCCUACAUAAGGAAAAAGGCAGGAUAUAAAUCAAAUAAAUAAAUUGACAACUUUUGCGAUUCUCAAUUAAUGUUAAAAGAGGCUAAUUGUAUUAAAACAGUGAAUAUUGUUGGCUUCUGUGCUGUAAAUUGGUUAUACAGUAAGUUUAGAUGUAAAUGCAGUCUGUUUAUACUUUGCACUUUAACUUGGUUCCCAGUUGCCAAAAAGUAUUACAGCUUUGUUUAUUUACUUUUUAACCAUAUUGAAGUGUCCAGUCUACUUGCAGGUUGUAGACAUUUGGAUUUAGUAAACUUAUCUUUCCAUAUUUGUUGCGUGCAUAGCAUAAUCCAUGCCAGUGUAACCUGAUAUUUUGUAUAGCUCCUUCCAUGUCUAUUCUGUUAAUAUUUUAAUGCAAAGCUACCUAAUUUGCACUUCUUAAAGAAGUAUGCAAAUGAAAAAGGCAGCUCUCUAAAUUUUGCAAUUCGUUUCUGUCAGAGUUGUGCGCAAAAGUUCACGUAUUAGGUAGCAUAACAUAAAAGACAUUGUAUUUGGAGGCAUUCCUUGCACAAAUGCAUCUAUUAGGUAAUAUGAAAUGAGCAUAAAUGUUUAUGCCCAUUUCCAUGUAGUCUUUUAAAAUUUGCAAAUUGAUGCCAAAAUGGAUGGGAUGAAUUUAAAAUGUGAAAUGACAGGAGCGAACCUGAGUCAAUGUUGCCAUCCUCACUGCUGGGUAAGUACACAGCCCUGUGUUUAUCACUAGUGUUUGUGAAACAUGAUUUCAUUUAUUUUGUUUGUUUGUUUUUUAAUGGCAAUGCAGUAGCCAGAAUACUUUCUCCUUUAAUGAAGAGGUGGCUUUAAAUUGUCAUUACUCUGCUAUUGCCUUGUGACUGAAAUGAAAAAAAAGGUGAAAUUUGAAAGACAGGAAAUGUUUGUUAGUUGCAAUUUUUCUUGUGGCUCACCGAAAAAGACUUCAUAAUUGAAUGACAGUGCUUAAACUCUAAUGUAUCUUUCUGUUUCAGUCACUAACCUAUCUUCACCAUGUUAUUUGUCAGUUAAGCCUCUUUUUGCUAGGACCAGACAAAAGUACAGUGUUCCCUCACUUGUUGCUGGGGUUAGGUUCCAGGACCACCCGCAAUAAGUGAAAAUCCGCGAAGUAGGGAUACUAUAUUUAUUUUAAUAUUUAUACAUUAUUUUAGUAGUUGUACACUAUUUUAAGUCUUUAUCAACCAAUUGUGUAUUGAUAAAUCACCUCCUUCUCCUCCCGUUGCCACUUGAGCUCAUUUUCUCUCCCUUUGGCUUCUCCUUCCCCCCUUCCUUAGACUGUAAAUUGUAAUUUUUAAUGAUUUAUAAUAUUAUUUUAGAGUUUAUUGAAAAACCGCGAAACAGCAAAUCCGCAAAAAGUGAACCGUGAAGUAGUAAGGGAACACUGUAUGUGCAUUUUAUGUAUCUGCAAUGACAGAGUAUGCUAUUUGGCGUCCAUUCCUCCCUCCCUUUUUUAGAUGUUUAAUGUGUCUCUUCCAAAGUUGGCAGAGACAUAAUAAAUAAUUUCACAAGACCAAAA